AUGUCCGCCGACGAGAAGCUCGGCAGCGUAGAUCGCAUUGAAGAUGUGGAGAGAAAGACAUCGGGCCAGGAGACCCCUCCUUCCGACUACGAUGAUGAAUUCACGCCUGAAGAACAGAAGAGAAUCAUCCGUCGCAUUGAUCUCCGUCUGGUCACCAUGACCGGUCUGGCAUACUGCGUUUCACUCAUGGACCGGACCAACCUGAGUGCGGCUGCCAUCGCGGGUUUGAAGAAGGAGUUGGCAUUGGAUGUUGGGGAUCGCUAUUCUAUCGUCGUCCUCAUGUUCUUCGUUCCCUAUAUUCUCUUCCAACCACCAAUGACGGUCAUCAUUCGCAAAGUCGGGCCCACCUUGUUCCUGGGAUCGAUUAUUAUGACGUGGGCCGCAGUGAUGAUCGGAACGGGAUUUGCUAAGAACUGGGGCCAAUUGGUCGCCCUUCGGACGCUGCUGGGUGUCUUGGAAGCCGGCUAUUUCCCAGGAUGUGUUUAUUUGCUGUCAUGCUGGUACACUCGAUAUGACGUCCAAAAGCGAUUCUCCGUCUUCUACCUGAUCGGCUGUGUUGCCUCUGCAGCAUCGGGUAUCCUCGCCUUCGGUCUCAUGCAAUUGAAUGGAACCCAUGGGUUGACGGGUUGGCGGUGGAUCUUCAUCCUCGAAGGCGUGAUUACCGGUGCCAUCGGCUUGAUGUGCUUUGUCUUCCUCGUCGAUUUCCCAGACCGCGCGUCCAAGUCGUGGAGAUUCCUGUCCAAGAAGGAGUGUGAUUGGGUCGUGCGACGUAUCAACAAUGAUCGCAAAGAUGGCGAGCUCGAGGCUUUCUCACUCAAGAAGUUCUUGCGACCGGCGUUGGAUAUCAAGAUUUGGUGCUUUGCUAUGAUCUUCUUUUCCAUCACCACGGUCACCUACGCCAUUGCCUACUUCCUCCCCAUUAUUCUCAUGGAGGGUAUGAAGUUCAGCGUUGCGGCGGCCCAGUGUCUGGUUGCUCCACCUUAUAUCUUCGCCGGCUUUGUCAUGUACGGUACCGCCUGGUUCGGUGACAAGUACCGCGUGCGCGCCCCGGUUCUCAUCUUCAACUGUCUGCUGUGCAUCAUCGGUCUGCCCAUGAUGGGCUUCGCCAAGGGCAACGCCGUCCGAUAUGCCGGUGUCUUUUUCACCGUCGCGGGCGCCAACGCCAACAUUCCCUCUUGCAUGGCCUACCAGGCCAACAAUGUGCGAGGCCAGUGGACCCGUGCCUUUUCCAGUGCCACCCUGGUUGGAUUCGGUGGUGUCGGAGGUAUCGCCAGCAGUUUGGUCUUCCGGCCCCAGGACGCUCCUGGCUACCGACCUGGCAUGUAUGCCGCGCUUGCCUGCAACGUGCUGAUCAUUGUGAUUGUCUGCUGUCUGAGUCUGUGGUUCCGCAUCUGCAACCGACAGGCCAACCAGGGCAAGCGCGUCAUUGAGGGCGAGGCCACUUUCCGGUAUACGAUUUAA